AUGGCGUUGGCGGAGGAAGUGCGUUCCGCUUCGUCGGGUGCAGUCGAUUCAGCCGCAACUGCAGCGGCCAAAGAGCUUCGGCACCUCCAGCACUGGCGCCAAGCGCGCACCUUCGCGGUCAACAUCGUCGAUGGCGAGAACGUCUCGAAGGAGUGGUUUCAGGAGACGGGAUUCACGCAGCCGCUAGUCGUGCUCUCGCGAAAGAGCAUCGGCAUCACCGGACCACCCGAGCCGUACGCUAUCACCAGUAUCGGCGCUCUCGUAGACCACGAAUUCGUUCUCGUCAUCGACCCCGUUGCCCGUGCCACAGUACCCGCAUGGACGCUUGCGCAAUGGAACGACUACGUGGCAACACCUCCAUCGCAGCGCAGGUCGUCUUUGCGCCUCGAAGCAGUCUCGACAGCGCUGACUCCGCCGACGAUCGUCACCAACAUUGGGUGGAUCGAGCGGUUUCCGUCUCUACCGGCAACACCCCGCCACGUCAAGGUCUGUGCCAAGGGCAGCUUCGAGGGCUUUCGCAACGGCAGCAGCGGUGCGUCGACUUGGAUCACGGUCCUCACCGGCAAGCUCAACAUUCAUUUGAUUCCGCCUACACCCGAGAACCUCCGCGCGUACCAAACAUCCCGCGUUGAAAAUGACCACGGUCCAUUCGAUACCCUUGUCGAGGCGAGCGCGUUUACGCUUCUGGAAGUCGGUGCAACGAUCUUCAUUCCGUCCGGCUGGCUGUAUGCCACGUUUGCCGUCGAGGACGUACUGCUCUACGAAGGAACAUUCUUGCACGACUUGGACCUCGCGACGCAGUGGCAUUGCUACCACUUGGAUCGAGUGGCUGUUCCAUCGAUGGUUUUUCCAUCGCUGUCGCCGCUCUUGUGGCACCUCGCCUGUGACUACCUUCGCUCUGCUUCGGCAGACGAGAAGGCGAUAUCCUUCCUCCUCCCAGCGCUUGGCGAUGACAUUCACGCCGACGCAGCGGCGCACGUGUUGCCAACUUGGGACCAGCCAUCGGCCGCGUCGGUGCUUGCGCAGCUCCGAGCGCGAACCAAUACGCCCGACACGAGUGCGACAAGCAGUAGCAGUGGAGACGAUGACGACGGGAGCAGUAGCAGCAGCAGUGCAAGCGAUGAUAGCGACUCGAGCCUUGACUCGUCUGUCUCCGAAGUCGAAGCAGCGUACCCUAAGUUUCGGCGCGACCGUGUCUCGGCGCCUUUGCCCAAGCUUCAGCAUCACCUUAUCGUCAAAAUCCCCACCGACGCCUUUCCGCUGAAGGCGUCGAUGGUGCCGAAGGCUCAUUCCAUCACAACGCCCGGCAAGAAGUCCAAGAAAGCCAAGGCCAAGGUGCCGACAGCUCUCAGCGCGGAGGACUGGUACUUUGAGUGCAAUUGUGGCCAGAAGGGCCAAAACUACGACGAUGGUAAACGCAUGGUGCAGUGCGAGUCGUGCCCGACAUGGCAGCACACGCACUGUGCCAACAUCCCUGACGACCAGGAGCCACCACCAGGCUACACUUGCUUUAAAUGCAACGCCACCGCGGUACCUGGCGACUGGGUAGUGCACUGCAGCUGCGGCAUCCGUGCCAAAAACUACGACGACGGGUGCCGCAUGGUGGCCUGUGACCGCUGCAACACGUGGCAACAUACGUUGUGCGCCGGCAUCCCAAAUGACCAAGAGCCUCCUGAAGACUAUGUCUGUCUUCCUUGCCUCCAGAAGAAACGUCCGCAGAAAGCCGUCAAGUCACCGAAAACAGCGCCCGUCCUACCGAAAUCGGAGCGCCCGCUUGACGAUGAUGAAGCCGCCGAGGAAAUUACUUAUGAAGACGAGCACGACGAGGAUGACCACGAAGAUAACGACGAGGAUGAAGAUGAUGACGAACCGAAGAAACUCAAGAUGAAGCCGACGUGGGGCCGGAUGUAA